AGAGAGAGCACGCAGAAACAAACGUCACUGCUUUGGCAAUUGCAAGAAGUUCUGGCGGCUAUACACCAAGAAUCAAUUUCUUUAACUUGCCUCCGACGAAACACAAGUCAGUCCCUUUGUUUUUGAAUUCUAAAGAAAAGGAAAGUAUAAAUCUAUAACUGCCCAUAUCCAUAGCCAUAGAAGAAGUACAAAAUGGUGCUUUGGGAGAUCACAUUGGGAACUGCGUAUUUCUUGGGUCUCAAACGGACUUACAGACUCGCUUUGAGGAUUCAACGUAGGCUUGUAUCUCCUAAGCGUCCUAAGAUACGCCAGUUUCUUCAUAGACGAACACGUGCUGUUUUUGAUGUUGCACUCAAGGUUCACCAGAAUAUACAACAGAGAGACAUAGAAGUAGGUCGGAAUCUUGGUAACUGGAUUCUGCGAUGGCUGGACCGAAUGAAACCUUCUGCUCAGAUACGUGGUCCCUUGCCAAUGAAACCCCCAAAUGGUGCUAACACAAAUGUGAACAUGAAAAAGCAGGUAACCAGCUCCUCCCACCUGAAAACUUCUGGGAGCAUUCAGUCACCCAGAAGCCAGGAUUCUAGUAGGCAUCUGUUCACUGCAUCAAGAAAUAUGUGGUCUCAACCUUUUCCUGCAAUUGCAAUGAUGAUGCGGCCACCAAGACCUGCUGGAACUAUUACCCAGUACAGACACUUGUGUAUCAGUGGUCGGCCAGACUACAUUGGUGGAGCAAGUAGUUUUGAAGGAGUUAUUAGGAAGGAUAUAAUGCAGUACUUGCUGCAAAACUGACACUGGCCGUGGCAGGUAAUCUUUUUCAGUGGAUGUUGGACUUUGAGAUCAAACCUUGGAAGUAAUUACGUGGAGUCUGUUCAUUCAUUUUGUUGGAACUAUUGGUUGAGAACGUUUUUUUUCCCUUUCGAUCUGAUAUCCAUAAUAAUUUUUUUUUUCCUAGCUCAGCUUGUUUCUGCAUAUUCUAUUCUCUUUUUCCUCGCUCAGCUGGUUUCUGCAUAUUCUAUUCUCUCUUUUUUCUGGUAGUAUUUUAAAGCCUGAACUUAUAGGUGUUUUUAUUGGUAAUAAGAGAUGUUUCUCCGUUGAAUA